UCAGCUCACCCACCCGGCCCUGACAGCUCACCCACCCGGCCCUGUCAGCUCACCCACCCGGCCCUGACAGCUCACCCACCCGGCCCUGUCAGCUCACCCACCCGGCCCUGACAGCUCACCCACCCGGCCCUGUCAGCUCACCCACGAAUGUCUCUCAGUCACCAUCAUGCUGACCCUGUGGCUUCUAUGUGUUGUGAGCGGGUGGGGAGCCAGCCAGCACCUGAGCCGCGUUCCCUCUGCCCAGGUGUCCAUCACUAACCCAGGUGAGCGAGGCCUCAUACCCGCCCAGCCCUACUGGCCGCCCACACCCUCCCCAACACACCUCCGCCCUCCCGCCGCCCUAACCAAACCACUCGUGGUCAGACACGCCCACGCUCACGCCCAUCUGAAUGAAAUCGAGUCAGGCGUAAGUAUUCAGGAACACGGGUACAGGCGUCCUCCAGCGGGCGUGAGUAAGGCCCUCCCCACAGUGGUGCUCGACGCCCUCAACGCUGCUCCUGAGCCGCCACACGUCGACGAGGGUGAGGAGCCAGGUACACCGCAACAAGCCCCCGCCCUCCACCCUCCCCCCAUCUCCACCGUCACUCACUUACCACACACAAUAUCUUCACUACCUGACGACGUAGACUUACCUGAAGGGAGUUCGGUUACGUCAGAAGCUACAGUUCUCGUCCAGCCAUUGUUGAGGUCACCUGGCCAGUCGGCGGUGCCUCUUGAGUCACCAGAGAUCAACAGUAUACAGUCCCACGUGGCCAAGACUCUACAGGCCAGUGACCCGCCAGCUGUAAGUGUUAACCAAUCCACAGGAACACAAAGGUUAAGCCAACAAUAUAUACAAGGCAGAGCUACAACAGUUGUGACAACCACCGACACACCAGUUGCUGCAGUAUUUAAUAACAAUAUACAAACUGAACACAAUCCUCUACAACAGUUUCCUCCAGCUCCCGGCCCUCUCACACACUGGAACCAAUCAAUAUUCGGCAGCCCUCAGGUGACCAGCCCGGCCCCACACGAGGACCAGCGGCGUCAAUACCUGAAUUCCAACUUUGUUGUGAGUCAGUUUAACUUUAAAGACACUAGUGAACCAACACCUCAACUAACACCUGCCACCGUCCUACACGGACCACCUGUGUCUAUACCACCUUCACUCACCGCUGACCACCUAUAUACUCCCCAACUGUCUCCACAGCACCACCAGCUGUCUCCCCAGCAACACCAGCUGUCUCCUCAACUGUCUCCACAGCAACACCAGCUGUCUCCCCAGCAACACCAGCUGUCUCCCCAACAAGCACCAGCUGUCUCCACAGCAACACCAGCCUAUCUCUCAACUGUCUCCCACAGCAACACCAGCUGUCUCCCCAACUGUUUCCACAUAGCUUCCAGCUGUCUCCUCAGCUGUCUCCCCAGCAACACCAGCUGUCUCCCCAGCAACACCAGUUGUCUCCCCAGCAACACCAGCUGUCUCCACAGCAACACCAGUUGUCUCCCCCAGCAACACCAGUUGUCUCCCCAGCAACACCAGCUGUCUCCACAGCCACACCAGUUGUCUCCCCAGCAACACCAGCUGUCUCCACAGCAACACCAGUUGUCUCCCCCACACCGUUGUCUCCCCAGCAACACCAGCUGUCUCCCCAGCAACACCAGUUGUCUCCCCAUCAACAUCAGCUGUCUCCCCAGCAACAUCAGCUGUCUCCCCAGGAACACCAGCAGUUCGCUCCUCAGCACAGUGGGGGCAGCACCCUCACCACUGCUCACCGCCAGGACCCAGAUUACCUUCUCCAGUAUGAGGCACCAACAGAGAGCCGCGUCCCAGUGA